AUGACGGUGCCAGUGCCCAACAGCACGGCGGUGUCGUGGGCACUGCCAGAGCCAGAGCUGGAGCUGGAGCGGUCACCCUGCCUGGUUGGCAUUGUGCCCAUCGUGUACUACAGCGUCCUGCUGGGGCUGGGGCUGCCAGUGAACAUCCUGACCGCCGUGGCCCUGUCCCGCCUGGCCGCCAGGACCAAGAAGUCGUCCUACUGGUACCUGCUGGCCCUGACCACCUCCGACAUCCUCACCCAGGUCUUCAUCAUCUUCGUGGGCUUUAUCCUGCAGACAGCCAUCCUGGCGCGGGCAGUGCCCAGCGCCUUCAUCCACACCGUCACCGUGCUGGAGUUCACAGCCAACCACGCGUCCACCUGGGUGACCGUGCUGCUGACCGUGGACCGCUACGUGGCCCUGUGCCACCCUCUGCGCUACCGCGCCGUGUCCUACCCGCGCCGCACCCGCCGGAUCAUCGCCGCCGUCUUCGCCGCCGCGCUGGCCACCGGCGUCCCCUUCUACUGGUGGCUGGACAUGUGGCGUGAUGCCGACCCCCCCACGGCGCUGGACACGGCGCUCAAGUGGCUGCACUGCGUCACCAUCUACUUCCUGCCCUGCAGCGUCUUCCUGGCCGCCAACUCCGCCAUCAUCCGCAAGCUGCGGCGGCGGAGGCGCGCGGGGGGCGGCAAGACCACGGCGCUGCUGCUGGCCGUCACCGGCGUCUUCGUGGUGCUCUGGGCUCCCCGCGCCGUCGUCACCAUGUGCCACCUCUACGUGGCCUCGGUCAGGAGGGACUGGCGCGUGCACCUGGCCUUGGACGUCGCCAACAUGGUGGCCAUGCUCAACACCUCCCUCAACUUCUUCCUCUACUGCUUCGUCAGCCAGACCUUCCGCCGCGCGGUGGGCGAGGUGCUGCGGGGGCAGCCCCGGGCAGCCCCCCACCGUGGCAGCGCUCACUGCCCACCCCCGGGCCUGGAACCGCUGAAGCUGUUGGGCAGCACCGUGCUCUGA